GCUGAUGGAAACUGCUACUACCCACUGAAUGGGGGAGAGUGAAGUAACAACCACAGUACCAGCAGCCGCAGCACCAGCAGCAGUGGCGGCAGCAAGCAAGGGCUCUAUUGUUCCCUGGUGUUAAACAGUUUUUCCUUUUCAACUGGCAUGCACAAUAGCUGGCAAGCCAUUUCCCUUCUGCCCGCCCUGUGAAGAAAUUCAGAAGGGGAGAGAGAUCACUCACGCAAGGGUUAUCUAUUGUGCGGCAGAUUUUGACACUGAAGCAGGCUUCUGGAAGGCAUGGGGCUGAGAGAGAGGAACACAGCUUUAGCCGGUGGUCCAGGGACUUCUGCGCUUUCAAGCAAGUGGAUUGGAGUUCUUGCGCUUCUCAUGUUUGGAAUCCAGGGAGCUAAGACACAAAGUGAAUUUGAAACUUCAUCUGUGUAUUUAUGGAAGACGGGUCCAUGGGGCUGGUGUAUGGGAGACGAGUGUGGCCCCGGAGGAACCCAAAUGCGAGCCAUCUGGUGCGCUCACGUGGAAGGCUGGACCACGCUGCUCACAAACUGCAAGCAGGCAGAGAGGCCUGACAACCAGCAGAGCUGCUUCAAGGUUUGCGACUGGCACAAGGAACUGUACGACUGGCAACUGGGCGACUGGAAUCGUUGCCAGCCAGUUCUUUCGCGAAUCGCCGAGAAACCAGCUGAGUGUAUCCGAGGGGAAGAAGGGAUUCAGAGGAGGGACAUCACUUGUGUCCAAAAGUCCAAUGGUGUGGCAGUCGAGGACAGAAUAUGUGAGUAUUUUGAGCCCAAGCCUCAGCUGGAACAGGGGUGCCUCAUUCCAUGCAGGCAGGAUUGCAUUGUGUCCGAGUUCUUGGCCUGGUCGGAAUGUUCCAAGAGCUGCGGCAAAGGGCUAAGAUACCGCUUCCGCCACAUAGUGGCCCCUCCUCAGUAUGGGGGCUCUGCCUGCCCUAACCUGACGGACUUCCAGGUAUGCAGCUCCUCCCCGUGUACCACAGAAGAAAGCAUGUAUAGCUUGAGCAUGGGGCCAUGGAGCACCUGUUCAGUGCCCCACACACGGCACACAAGGCAGGCAAGGAAACGUGGGAAGAACAAAGAAAAGGACAAGGACAAGGAGAAAGCAAUAAAGGAUCCAGAGGCCCGUGAGCUUAUUAAGAAGAAGAGGAAUCGUAACAGACAGAACAGACAGGAGAACAAAUAUUGGGACAUACAAAUUGGAUAUCAGACAAGACAGGUGAUGUGCACUCACAGGAAUGGAAAGACCGUUGCCUUGAGCUUUUGUGAACAAGAGAAGUUGCCAAUUACGUUCCAGUCUUGUGUGAUCCCAAAAGAAUGCCAGGUGUCAGAAUGGUCAGAAUGGAGCCCAUGUUCCAAAACAUGUUUUGAUAUGACAUCCCCUAAAGGUAAUCGUACAAGAACACGGAUCAUUAAGCAGUUUCCUAUUGGCAGUGAAAAUGAGUGUCCAGAGCUAGAAGAAACAGAGGAGUGCAUGUCUCAAGGAGAUGGCGUGGCUCCAUGUAUCACGUAUGGCUGGAGAACCACUGAGUGGACAGAAUGUCGCAUUGACCCUUUACUUAGUCAACAGGAUAAGCGACGAGGAAAUCAAACUGCUCUUUGCGGAGGUGGCAUUCAGACUCGGGAGGUAUACUGUGUGCAAGCUAAUGAAAAUCUCCUCUCCUAUUUAAAUACUCUCAAAGAAAAGGAAGCAUCCAAACCUGUGGACUGGAAACUGUGCACAGGUUCUAUUCCUAGCACAACCCAGUUGUGCCAUAUCCCGUGUCCCAUAGAGUGUGAGGUGUCCGCCUGGUCAGCUUGGGGACCAUGCACAUUUGAAAGCUGCGAUGACCAACAAACCAAAAAAGGUUUUAAACUAAGGAAACGCCACAUCACGAAUGAACCCACAGGAGGCACUGGUAAUUGCCCUCAUCUGCUUGAAGCCAUCCCAUGUGAAGAACCUUCUUGCUAUGACUGGAGGAUAGAAAGACUAGAGGAAUGCAUUCCAGAUAAUGAGAAGGAGUGUGGGCCUGGUACGCAGGUUCCGCAGGUGGUCUGUAUCAACAGUGAUGGAGAAGAGGUUGAUAGACAGCUGUGCAGAGAUGCUAUCUAUCCAGUCCCCAUUGUCUGUGAAGAUCCAUGCCCAAAGGAUUGUGUACUCAGCACGUGGUCUGGAUGGUCCUCCUGCUCACACACCUGUUCAGGCAAAAACACGGAAGGAAAACAGAUGCGUGCCCGCUCUAUCUUGGCAUAUGCAGGUGAAGGUGGACUUCAGUGCCCGAAUAGCAGCAUGCUGCAGGAAACACGCAACUGCAAUGAACAUUCAUGUACUGUGUACCAUUGGCAAACAGGACCUUGGGGUCAGUGCAUAGAAGAUGUUUCUGUGUCAUCAUUCAACUCUUCGACUGGCUGGAAUGGAGAGGCAACCUGUGCAGUUGGAAUGCAAACCAGAAAAGUCAUCUGCGUGAGGGUCAAUGUGGGACAAGUUGGACCCAAAAAGUGUCCUGAAAGCCUUCGCCCUGAGACGGUGAGACCAUGCUUGCUCCCCUGUAGGAAGGACUGCAUUGUGACCCCGUACAGCGAUUGGACGCCAUGCCCUUCAUCAUGUCAGGAAGGGGACGUGGCCAUCACAAAACAGUCUCGACAUCGUGUCAUCUUGCAGCUUCCUGCAAAUGGUGGCCGCGACUGCCCGGACACGUUGUAUGAGGAAAAGGAUUGUGACCCUCCUCGUGUCUGCUUGUUUUACAGAUGGAAGACACACAAAUGGCGCAGGUGUCAACUUGUACCGUGGUAUAUUCGCCAAGACAGCCCCGGUGCUCAGGAGACCUGUGGUCCUGGUCUACAAGCAAGAGCUAUAACGUGUCGUAAACAGGAUGGUGGACAGACUGACAUCAGCGAAUGCCUUAAGAAUGCAGGCCCUUUGCCAUCCUUAACACAGCUCUGCCAGAUCCCUUGUCAAGACGACUGUCAGUUCACAAGCUGGUCCAAGUUCUCUUCUUGUACUGGGGACUGUGGAGCUGUCAGGACAAGGAAGCGCUUUCUCAUUGGAAAAAGCAAGAAGAGGGAGAAAUGCAAAAAUCCUCAGCUGUAUCCGCUGAUGGAGACUCAGUUUUGCCCCUGUGACAACUAUAAUGCCCAGCCUGUGGGAAACUGGUCAGACUGUAUUUUACCAGAGGGCAAGGUGGACGUACUGCUGGGAAUGAAAGUACAAGGUGACAUCAAAGAAUGUGGGCAAGGCUACCGUUACCAAGCCAUGGCCUGCUAUGACCAAAACAGCAGACUCGUCGAAACAGCACGAUGCAACAGCCAUGGGUACAUCGAAGAAGCUUGCAUCAUUCCUUGCCCAUCAGACUGCAAGCUUAGUGAGUGGUCCAGCUGGUCCCGCUGUAGUAAAUCCUGUGGCAGUGGUGUAAAGGUCAGGUCGAAAUGGCUCCGGGAGAAGCCCUACAAUGGUGGAAGGCCAUGCCCCAAGUUGGAUCAUGUCAACCAGGCUCAGGUAUAUGAGGUAGUCCCUUGCCACAGUGACUGCAGCCAGUACGUAGGAGUCACUGAACCAUGGAGUGUGUGCAAAGUCACCAAUGUGGACUUAAAGGAGAAUUGUGGAGAGGGUGUACAGACCAGAAAAGUGAGGUGUAUGCAAAACACUGUGGAUGGUCCUUCAGAUACUGUUGAAGAUUACCUAUGUGACCAAGAAGAAAUGCCUAUUGGUGCUAGAAAAUGUACAUUGCCGUGCCCAGAGGAUUGUGUUAUGUCUGAAUGGGGCCAGUGGUCUAGGUGUCCCUUGCCAUGUAAUGGAAGCAAUGUGAGGGAACGGUCAGCAGAAGCCAUGAGGCAAUCCCAAGGAGGAAAGGCAUGUCCUGCUACUGUGGAAACCGAGCUCUGCAGCCUGAACAAAAAUUGUUUCCACUAUGAUUACAAUGUGACAGACUGGAGUACAUGCCAGCUCAGUGAGAAAGCUGUCUGUGGUAAUGGGAUCAAAACAAGAAUGCUUGAUUGUGUCCGCAGUGAUGGCAAGUCAGUGGACUUGAAGUACUGUGAAGAGCUCGGCUUGGAAAAGACCUGGCACAUGAAUACAUCCUGUGUGGUGGAGUGUCCAGUGAAUUGUCAGCUUUCUGACUGGUCUCCAUGGUCUGAAUGCUCUCAGGCUUGUGGCCUAGCUGGAAAGAUGAUACGAAGGAGAACAGUUAUUCAACCUUUCCAAGGUGAUGGGAGACCUUGUCCUUCUCAAAUGGAGCAAUUCAAGCCUUGUCCUGUGAAACCUUGUUAUCGAUGGCAGUAUAGUCACUGGGCCGAAUGCAAAGUUGAGGAUGCUCAGUGCGGAGAGGGGACAAAAGUCAGAAACAUUUCUUGUGUUGUUUAUGAUGGAUCCAGUGAGGACAUUGGCAAAAUAGUAGAUGAAGAUUUUUGUGGGGAAAUAGAGCCUGUUGUUGACGGCCACAAGAAAAUUGUGCUUGAGGAAACCUGCACUCUGCCUUGCCCAGGUGAUUGUUACUUAAAGGAGUGGUCAGAAUGGAGCCUUUGCCAGCUGACCUGUUUAAAUGGUGAAGACCUUGGCUUUGGAGGAAUACAGGUUCGAUCACGUGCAGUGGUAAUUCAGGAUCUAGAGAACCAGCAUCCCUGUCCGGAGCAGGUACUGGACACCAGGCAAUGUAAUGAUGGCCAGUGUUACGAGUACAAUUGGAUGGCCAGCCCAUGGAAAGGAUCUUCUCGGACUGUCUGGUGCCAAAGGUCAGAUGGUUUGAAUGUGACAGGAGGCUGCUUAGUGAUGCGCCAACCAGACGCUGACAGGUCAUGUAAGCCACCAUGCAGCCCACCCUAUUCUUACUGUAGUGAGACGCGAACAUGUGUUUGUGAAGAAGGGUACACAGAAGUGAUGGCCUCUGAUGGCACACUUGAGCAAUGCACGCUCAUCCCAGUGGUAGCCAUCCCGACAGUGGAGGACAAAAAGGGAGAUGUGAAAACCAGUCGAGCUGUGAACCCCACACAGCCAUCUAGUACCCCUUCGGGACGAGGAAGAACUUGGUUCCUUCAGCCUUUUGGACCAGAUGGGAAGCUGAAGACCUGGGUUUAUGGUGUAGCUGCUGGUGCAUUUGUUUUGCUCAUCUUUAUUAUUUCUAUGAUCUACCUAGCCUGCAAAAAGCCAAAGAAGCCUCAGAGAAGACAGAACAACCGUCUGAAACCUUUAACGCUGGCUUAUGAUGGAGAUGCGGACAUGUAAAAUAAUGACUUCCCAUUGACUUUAGUCUCUUGAAAUUGUAGUGUUCAGAAACAGCAUGUACAUUGUGUACAUUACAGAGCAGAUGUUACACCACAAGGAAAAAAAAGACUUCACAACGGCCAUGGAUGUUCCCAGAAACAUGCUUUGUUUUUGACCAUCAGUCAGUACAGCAAAGUCUGGUGGCAAGUUUCUGUUGUAAGCACAGCAGCUAGAAAUCUUAAUGUGGCCUUCCUUUGAAACAUAUUAACUGUAAAGCCACGCGUGUCUCCAGCUCACUGUACGUGACCUAAUAUCUGAGAUUUAAUGCCAGAACUCUCUGCUGCAUUAACCAAGUAUACUCAGUAAGCAUGAAGAGAUCAUACCAAGUUGUCUAUAAUGUUUUAUGUACAACCUAUAUACUCGGUUGCACCAUAUGUAUGAAUCUGUCAAAUGAUAUACGGGCUGAAGAGCAUUUUAAUGCUUGGCAACUUGUUAACUUUAACUGAGAAUAACAACCCACUGAGCCAGAUUAGCAUUUUGGCAGUGGAAGGUGGUUUUUCUUAACCUGCCUUCCUAGUGUGAAGGCUUGCAAAAGACUCUGUUCUUUUUACCAGUUCCAGGUACUAAAGCGCCAUACAUACCCUUAUCAAGGAGAGAAGCAUUUUCAGGUUCAAUAUUUUAUAGAGGUUGUCUGGAAAUUAAUAUCCAUGUGUACUAACUUUUUACUUUCUCUAAC